AUGAUCAAGGAUUCUAAGAGCAACGCGGAGUUCCCACUGGCACAAAAGUUCUGGGAGGGCGAGGAGAUGCGGUGCCUGGGUGCGGGCACACGCGUGAAGAAGGUCCUGGUGGUGGGGGUUCAGGCGAUGACCCGGCUGCGGCGGCAGAGGCCCGCUGGCCGCCCCUCGCCCGCGGCGCGCCUCUUUGCAGUGCCCGUGUCUGGGGUGCGGGUGUACUCUGUGGCGGUGUAUGUGGAGGCAGAGCGGUGCUCCAAGGAGCUGGGCAUCCGCGCCCGCGGCGGCUUCUUUGAGAACGACGGCGACUUCUGCGCCGCGCUGCUGGACGGCGCCUUUGGCAAAGCCCUCGUGUUCAAGCUGCUGCGCGAUAUCACAGGGCAGCAGUUUGCUGAGGCCAUCGACGAGGCGCUGGCGCCGCGCGCCAAAGUAACAGGCGACUCCGCCUCGCUGCAGCAGUUUGGUCAGUUCUUCGCGUCGCGGCAGCUGCCCAAGGACACCCAGGUGGCGUUUGUGUGGCCCCUGAAGGGCGGGGAGGCGGGGGAGCUGCAGGCGGAGGUCGUAUUGCCGGGAGAGGCCAAGGACCUCGUCACCACCGCACCAGAGCUGCGCAUCCCCUCUCCCGGCCUGGCGCGGGCGCUGUUUGAGCUCUACCUGGGCGACAGCUCCGUGGUGCCCGAGGGCCGCCCCGCGUGGGCCGCAGGGGCCAGGGAGCUCCUGGACUACGAUGCCGUCAAGAGGGACACCCGCAAGGCCGGGGCUUAG